GCCCCCAUCGCCGGACCGCCAUCGUCGCCGCUUGCCUUCGCCACCGCCAAGCCGCGCCGCCGUCCACCGCCGUCCCCGCCGUUUGCCGCUGCGCUACGUUCUAGCCGCUUUAGUCUAGAACCAAAGCCCCCGCCUGAAUGUCGAGAUUGAGGUCGACUCGGAGUCGUCGGGUGAGUAGACAGCUGCGGAGGAUUCAGGUGGUGAUGCCGAGGACAGUGAGUCAGAGUGGACGCCUUCGAGAGGGCGUAGGGAAAAGUUCUGGGAGGAGGAUGCGCCCCAUUUUUGGAUAGUGCUGACCAAGAGAGCUGAUCUUGAUAUUUUGGUGGUUUGGAGUUUAUAGUUCGGUGUGCUUAUAAAUUAUUUUGUGGUUUGUAUUGGCGGAUGAUGUAAAUAUUUGGAAGUGUAAUAUAUGCUUGGUAGUUUGACGAUUUGUUCCUUCCUGGUGUUCUCCAAUUUUAAUGUCCGGGAUUUUUGAUUACUUCCGCCGCGAUUUAACUCUGAUGGAUCGUUGGGUCGGCGACGUUAUUCCUGGGACGUCGCACUCUUCCGACCGAGGAGAGGGAUGUCGCAGGCUCGAUGGGGUUCGAGGCGUGACAUCCUCUGUUGAAUUGGUAUCAGAGCAAGGACAGCUCGAUUUAAGUUGAUCGAAGCUUGGAGUGAUAAGAAGUGGAGACCCAGGAUAGCUGUAGUUAGUUAGGGAGACCUUAGUGAACCAUAGUGUGUCUAGGGCUACAUGUAUUUCCAGACUGUUGUUGUGAUUGUUGAGUGAAUUGGGUGUUUUAUCGGAAUGCAGGUGCGUCUGGACCUGAGGUAAGUGCACGAACCCUUUUGAUGUGGUUUGGUGCUGUGUGAUUGAUUGCCUGCUAAGUGGAUUACUGUGUCAACUCACUGCCUAGGACUAGACUGGGUUAGUUGGCCUAAGUCUUGAAUUCUUGGAUGGAAUUAUAGCAGAUAGGAGAGUGAUAGAAAGCUGGGAUGAUGAGCAGCUAGGGAAGAGGUGCUUGAAAGGGUACAGGCAGAAGAGCCAGAGGUCGAGGUGGUGCUCGAGUCAGAGCGAUAGAGGAUCUUGGAAUUGAUGCUAGGUCUGCAGAGAACCCCAGAGUUGAGGCUAGACCUGUAGAAAACUCUAGAGUUGACGCUAGAGCUGCAGUAGAUCCCAGAGUUGAUGUUAGGGCUGCAGGGGAUCCUCGAAUGGAUGGAGUUAUAAGGGCCCUCGAGGAGGUUGGGGUUUUGAUGGGUAGGCAGACUCAGGAACGAGAUGCCAUUAUCGCCCAAGCAGUUGAGGCCGCUGUGGCUAUUACCCUCAAUGGCAACAAUGGAAAUCGGGGGCAUGUAAAUGCGAAUCGACUAAUGCAUCAGCUGGUUGAACAGUUUCUAAAGUUAAAGCCCCCUAAGUUUGAUGGUGGAGGUGAUUUGGUGGCUGCGUCACUUUGGGUAGAGGAGUUGGAAAAGGCUUUUGAUGUACUAGGACGUACGGAUGAGGAGAAAGUGACGUUGGCGGUGUAUCAGCUUCGGGGGAAUGCGAGUGAUUGGUGGAAAGCCACCAGAAGAAGAGUAUUCCCAGCUGGUACCGCCCAGACUUGGGCGAUGUUUGUGGAGACUUUCAAUAAUAAGUAUUUUUCUAAGAGUGCUAAGGAAAAGGAGUUGGUGGAGUUUAUGAGGCUUUACCAGGGGCAAAGGACAGUGGACCAGUAUGAGGCUAAGUUCACGAAGUUAUCUAAGUUUGCCCCUAGGAUGAUGAAGGAUCCAUGGGAUAGAGCUCGGAGGUUCCGAGAUGGUUUGAAACCGAACCUCCGUAGUCAGAUGAUUUCGCUGAAUCUGAGAGACUAUAAUGAGAUCUAUGAUCGGGCUCAAGCAAUAAAGCGGGAUUUAGCGGAUAGAGACGCUGCUUCUGGGUCGAGAUACGUUUCGGCGAGAGACAAUCGGAAUCUUGGGAAGAGACCGAUGACGGAGGAUCAGCAUUUGUUCCUUCCGUUAGAAGGGAUAUUGGAAAACCGAAUCGUUAUCAGGAUGUUGUAUGCUAGUUGUGUGGUAGAAGACAUGGGACUAGACCUUGUCCAAGAAGGAAUAUUAUAUGUUAUAAUUGUGGCAUGUUAUGGCUUCCUUGAUUGACAAGAUUUUAGUUUCGUUGGGGUACCCGGAUUGCAAGAUUGUAACUGGUAAUGGGAAGGAAAGAA